CACAACCUCACAUGGCAGCAACACCACCACCCUUGCCCCAGUCCCGCAGGACAGCAGCCCCAAUCCCGCAUGGAGCAACACGGACACAUGGUAACGCUCUCUCUGUUCCCUGCACAGAAAUGCUGCCCAGGCCCACGGUGACACCAAACCAAACCCUGGUGCUGGAGAACGGGACCUUCACCCUCACGUGUAACAGCUCCCCCAGCACCGACACCGUGCUCUGGCUCCGGGAUGGGGCAUCCCUCGUGCCCAGUGAGCGGCUGGGGCUGUCCCCUGACAACCGGACCCUCACGGUGCUGGGUGCCAUCCGGGACGACGCCGGCACCUACCAGUGCAAGGUCGGGAACCCCGUCAGCACCAACCGCAGCGAGCCCAGCACCGUGACGGUGGCCUAUGGGCCGCACUCUACCAGGAUAGACCCGCCAGCACCAAUCGCCCUGACUCUUGGGUCCCCUCUGACCCUGACGUGUGUCGCCGACUCUAUCCCAGCCCUGAGCUAUCGCUGGGUUCUCAAUGGCACCGACACUAAGGAGACCGGGAGCAGCUUGACCUUUAACCCCACGACCUUGGAUCACCAGGGCACGUACGAGUGCCGGGUUCACAACCCCGUCACCGGCCGCACUGCCUGGGCGUCUGUCGCCGUGCGGGUGACAGGGACGGGUGAGUCCCCGGGAUGGAGCAACGCGCUGCAGACACAGGGAUCCCAGUGCUGGCACCAAUGCCCCAGUGCGGUGCUAGGCGGUGCCAGGCUGCAGGGAGCCGGGUGGGGGGAUUGUGGCUGAACGUCUGAUCCAACCUCCCCCCCGGCAUCUCUCCUCCAGAUGCCCCUCGUCCAGUUCUCUCUGCUGGAGCCAUCGCCGGGAUCGUCAUUGGGUCA